AUGGAGGAUGAAGCGUACCCAAUGACGCUGUUGACUGAGGAACUUAAGAGUGAUGAAGUGGAAAUACGGAUCAAAGCUAUGCGACGUAUUCGUACUGUGGCACAGGCUCUUGGUCCAGAACGUACUCGCUCGGACCUUUUGCCAUUUCUUCGUGAAGCUACAGAAGAUGAAGAUGAAGUGCUUGUGGCAUUGGCUGAAGAACUUGGUGGCUUUGUAGAUCUUGUAGGUGGUGCAGAGCAUGCGUUGGCCCUUGUAGAACCUCUUGAGGUCCUUGCCGGUGUAGAGGAGACUGUGGUACGAGAUCGUGCCGUCGAGUCUCUUCAGAAGACGGUGGCGGUGGUACCGAAUGUCGGUGACGUGAUGGUACCGCUGGUCAAACGUUUAGCUGAAGGGGACUGGUUCACAUCACGCGUGUCAGUGUGCUCACUCUUUGCAUCAAUUUACGGGAAGAUGUCAGAUACUGGACGCAAGAAGGAACUGCGAGAUUUUUAUCAGAUGAUGUGCAAUGAUGAUACGCCUAUGGUGCGUCGUGCUGCUGCUGCGAACAUUGGCAAGUUUGCGGGCGCGAUGGAGAAGGAGCAUAUUGCUAGCAUGAUCCUGCCGCUUUUUCGGGCUCUUACGGCUGACGACCAGGACAGCGUGCGUCUGCUGGCUAUUGAAAACUCGGCGGCGAUUGCUGAGCUGCUUUCGCACGACGACAAUUCAAUGCAUGUACUUCCUAUUGUGCGCUCGUCUGUAGAAGAUCGCUCUUGGCGUGUGCGAUUUAGCAUUGCAAAGAACUUUUUUCCUCUCUCACGUGCCAUGGGAGCGCAGAUUACGGAGUCCGAGCUGCUUGGUUGCUUCACCAAUCUUCUUCAGGACGCAGAAGCUGAAGUGCGCGCUGCCGCCGCGAAAAACUUAUCGGGCUACAUCUCUAUUAUCAAGAGCGAGCUUUUUACAAGCGAGAUUCUUCCGCUGCUAUCAGCUUUAUCCCAAGACACGGCGCCCAAUGUUCGCACUGCUGUUUCUAUUGCAUGCAUGGAACUUGCACCGAAACUGGGCGAGGUCACAUCAAAGUCGGCAUUGGCCCCUUUACUGCUUCUUUUCCUGCGCGAUGAGAUUGUCGAUGUGCGGCUGAACAUUCUGAAGCGUAUGGAACUUCUUGCUCAGUGGAUGGCUUCUUUUGAGUCUGUGCUUCUGCCGGCCAUUGCCGAUCUAGCACGCGAUCUGCAGUGGCGUGUGCGUGAGGCUGUGGUUCUAUCUAUCCCUGCCCUUGCCGGCAGUUUGGGCGCUCAAUAUUUUCAGGACCAUUUGCUGGAGAUCUGCGUUAGUGCCUUCACAGACAUGGUAGGCGAAGUUCGUCUGAGUGCAACGAAAAUCCUACCACAGCUACUAGAAUCUCUGGGCAGCGACUACAUCCUUCAGAACAUUAUGCCGCGCCUAAACCAGAUUUUUGAAAAGUCCGUGAUCUACCAGGAGCGGGUCAAUGUGCUACACGCGCUGGAGCAGAUGGCCGUGGAAAAGGUGGCGAGCGACUUACUGACCGCCAUGACUACACUGGCCAUCCGCGGCGCCCACGACAAGAUUCCAAACGUUAGGUUUGUGGCUUCCAUGACCUUAGAGCAGUUGUGUAAACUCGCCGAUGCUUCUGUUGUGGCGGCUCAAGUUCGACCUUGCCUGACGGAGCUAGUGAACGACUCCGACAUGGACGUCAAGUAUUACUCGAGUAUCGCACUGGAUGCCGUCCAGGGCUAG